AUGUUUCUAGCGGAUUUGUUAAACGAGACCUACGGCGCAUUGCUCGUUGGGAUCCUCGUUGCCGCGGUGCUGUUCGGCGUUACCAACUUGCAGAUCUUCCUGUACUUCAAGGCGUACCAAGAGGACUGGAUAGUCUACAAGGUUGCGGCGGCAGGGCUCUGGACCCUCGAUGCUCUGCACCUUUGUCUGGCGGGACACUCCGUGUACUUCUACUUUGUCACAAACUUCGGUUCGCUUGCCGAAGCGUUCAAUAUCGUGUGGUCUUUCAAGCUUCAAAUUGUUAUGAAUAUCAUCACUAUUCUCGCAGUUCAGUCGUGA